AUGCCCGCACCCGACGUCCUUACCUACCGCUACAACGGCACCAUGGUCUACGUAACGCCCGCCGCCACAUAUGAGGAAGGCAUCCGCUUCGCGCGCCAGGUCUUCCCGGAGCUCGCCGCCGUCGCCCCCGAGCACAUCCUCAUCUCCGUAAACGGCAUCGUCAACAAGCAGCGCCAGCUCAUCCGCAUCGGGCCCAUGGCCUGGAAGACUGUCGUCUUCUCGCGCGCCCGCUUCGAGGUCCUCGACGUCACCCUCGACCCCUCCGCGUCCUCCCCUAGCUACGACUGCGACAAGCCCGAGAUCGUCGUCAGCGACGCCGACGCGCUCCCCGAGUACGACUCCGUCAAGAAGCUGCAUCCGGACGAGGCCGACUUCCUCGUGCCCUCGCGGGCGCCGUCCCCGCCCAUGCUGCACGGCGCGAACAAGCCCAUGGCGAACCACCGCAAUGGGCGGGCGCGGUCCCACUCGCCCACGCCGAGCACCACAUCCAACGAUUCCUGCUCUACCUUGGAUUGGGCGCGGAGCCUCUUCGGCAAGCGCGUCCGCUCGUGA